UGAUUCUGGACCGAGUGCAGUUGGUCACGAACAAUCCAUGGCGCAGCUUGUUCACCAACUGCCACUCUUAGUUUUUUAUUUGUUUAUAAAUAUAUCAAUAAUUUAUUAACUUAUAACUUUUUUUAAAAAUACAUUUUAUUCAAAAAUUCAAUCCCAUUUAUUUUUAAAAAUGAAUUUCAUUUUUCAUAUUCAAAUUCAAUUAUCUGGUUUUCGACGAAAAUUUAUUUGGGAAUUACAUUUAUUCAUCAAUUUGUUAAAAAAAAAAUUAACUACCUCUCUUGAUCAUCAUCAUUGAGCUCAAGAAGAAAAAGACUGCCAUGGAUGUCUUUGUCUUCUUGAGACCAAUGUCUGCGACACUAAAAUCUUCUCGUUAAAAUAAAAAUUCAUCAGCUCAUUAAUUAUCUUUAAAAUUAACUAAUUACCACUAAAUCACUUGUCUUAAUUACUUUACUUGUCUAAAUAGUAAUCGAAAUAAUACAGCUAAAUUAUAAAUCAACGAUACCAAGGUACAUUUUGGAUAAGUAAUUGAGCGCCUGCGUGCAUUAUUGAUCGCACCAGAAUUGACUAGUCCUUUGAAAGCGAUCUGCGUCACAGCAGAUCCCCAGACCCAGUUAAAUAUCUGGGAGUUGUCACCAGUUGCUGAUAAACUACGAUCAUGAGUGCAAGGAAAGAAAAAAGUAUCGUAAUCUGUAUCUUUUUACUGUUCCUUGGACUAGUAUCUGGUUAUGUAAUUAAUCCGUAUCGUAAUCCUGAGCUCCUGUCGAAUGUCGUCGAUGAACUGCUGGAUCUGUUGACUGACAAAGGAAGAAAAAUCAAUGAACAGAAUCAGCAGCUGUAUCCUGAAGAAAAUACCAUAUGGAAAACACCCAAAGAUGUUGGACAAAUAACUGGAGUUGGAGUCGAUCCUGCAGGUAAUCCUGUGAUAUUUCAUCGAGCUGAUAGAUCCUGGGAUUAUGGGAGCUUUGACGAUACGUUUAAAUUCCGUGAAUCAUUUAGAGGACCUAUUACUCAAGACACUGUCCUCACAUUAAACCCACGAAGCGGCUCGGUGGAGAGUUCAUGGGGUUCUAAUAUGUUCUAUUUGCCCCAUGGACUUCACAUCGAUUCUCGCGGCAAUGUAUGGUUAACAGACGUUGCACUGCAUCAAGUAUUCAAAUUCACACCCGGUUCAACAAACCCUGACUUGAUCCUAGGCGAAGCAUUAACCCCCGGUUCAGAUAAUGACCACUUUUGCCAACCAACAUCUGUCGCUGUUGCUAAAACUGGAGAAAUAGUUGUAGCUGAUGGCUACUGUAACAAUAGAAUUAUUGUAUUCGAUCCAUUCGGAAAUAUUAUUAACAUUAUACCCCAACCUGGAGAAUUUGUAGCUCUCCGAGUACCACAUGCUUUAACGAUCCUCGAGCAGGGUGACGUCUGCGUAGCUGAUCGUGAGAACAUGAGGGUAAUUUGUAUGUCACUUCGUGAAGGUUUUCCACCAGAUAACGACGAGGAUAAGCGAGGACCACCCUUAACGCUUCAUGCACCUGAUCUCGGUAGAGUUUUUGCUGUCGCUUCUCAUGGUAACACAAUUUAUGCAGUUAAUGGACCUACUUCGCCUAUGAUUCCCGUCAGAGGAUUCAUCAUGGAUCCCAAUAGUGAAACUGUUUUCGGACACUGGGCUCCCACUUCAGGCAUGUUUACACAACCUCACGCAAUGACGAUCUCACCAAACGCUACAGAACUUUACGUAACUGAAAUAGGACCCAAUCGCAUUUGGAAAUUCGACCUUGUAAAAAAUUCAUCACAACAGGAAAAACCUCUAGAGUAAAAAUUAAAUUUUUAAAAUAAAUAAACAAAAGUGGGGUAGGGCAAGACGGGAUACCAAAACUAAAAACCAAAAAUUUGAAUUUUUUUUCAGAAUCAGAUUUUUUUUUAAAUCUUACGAUAUUACAAAAAAAUAAUUUUUUGUUUAAAGAAUUCUUUUACCAGAAAAUUGAACUUUUAUCCAAAUCAGUGGUCAAAAAUUUUUUGAACUGCGCCCUAUUCCGUCGGCCCACUCGCCUAAAAUUACUAAAUAUUUUUUAUCAUGAUUUUGAUUAUGUAUUUUUCGAUCAAUAUCAUGCAUUUACAUCUCACUGAACUCAGGAAAUUAUUAUUAUAUAUAAAUAUAAAUAUACGUCUAAUAUUAAUGAAAAAAAAAAAAAAUCAGGUGCUAAAAAUUAAUAUUUAAUGAUUACAUAAAUUAAUUAAUUAAUUAACAAAAAAAUGAUUAUUUUGAUUGCAAUGAGUGAAAGUAUGUACUCUGGGGUUAUUAUAUAUAUUUGAGCAUGUUAUGUGAUACAAGUAGUUCAGGAAAUUCAAAAUCUUUAAUUAACAUAAGAAAGUAUAAUAAUAUUAAUAAUAAUAAUAAUAAUAAUAAUAAUAACAAUAAUAAUAAUCAUCGUAAUAACGUCACAUGCGCGGUUUCAAAAAUUUGAAAAAAAAUUGCAAUAAUUUUUGAUCGACUAGAUUAAAUUGUUGUAAUUUUUUUUUUAGUUUUCCGCUUUCAUGAGACGUCGGUAUUUUUUAUUAACAAAGAAAUUUAUUUUAAAAUGGUGCUUAAAAAAAAAAUAACAAUACAAUACAAUAAAAAAAAAUAAGUAAUUUCGAUACAAAAUUAAUGAAUAAAAAAAAAUAUGAAAUAGCAGUAAAUAAAAAAAUUUAAAAAAAUUAGCAGAGGUAACAGGUCAGCAACUUGAUGCAAGGUCACGUCUUAUGAGUCUUGAAAAAUAGAAAAUAUCAGAGUCGGUAAAUAAAAACUAGUCUGAAAAAAAAACGUACUGUCAGUUUACUCUGACGCGUUGCGCAGUCGGAAAAAAAAAUAAAAAAAAAAAUAUUUUAUUUAUUUAAUGUUCGAGUGAGGAAGUGGUUUUUUUAAUUUAAAAAAAAAAAAAUUUUGAGUUUUUGUUAAAAAAAAAAAAAUAAAUAAACCGAAGCUGUUUAAAUUGGAGCUGAAAAAAUGAAUAAAUAAUUAAUUGUUUAAUUAAAUAUUAAGUUAAGAACACCUACUGAUAAUUAAUAAUAUAAUUUAGCUGAUAAUUAAAAAUUGUAAUUAAACAAUUAAUUAUUUAUUUUUUAUUCUCGCUGCAAUUUUUUCUUCCGGGCAGCUUUGGUAGAAAUAAGGAUUUAAGCAUCAAAAGGGCAUUAAAACCACUUCCGUUUAAAAGUAAAAAUAGAUUAAUGAAAUGUAAUGACAUUAAUUGUCAAUUAAUUAGUGUUAUUAUGUUUCGUUGGUUUAAACAAAAAUAAAUUAAUUAAUUUAAAAAAAUUAUAAAAAAAAUAAUAACAACUACACGCACACUUAUCGCACACGAUUGUCACGCGGUAAACUUGCAAAUUUAUUUAAAAUUAAAAAUGUUAAAUUGGCAUAAGAUAGCAAGUUUUCGCGUGCGCGUUAACGCACAGAAGACAUAACAUUUUGUGUAUUUAUUAGCAAUUCGAUCUUUUUUAUUUCGAAAUUAUUUGUAGAAAUUUAAUGAUAGAAAUUCAAAAAAUAUUAAUAAUUAAUUAAGUGAAAAUUUUAAUUAUUUUUUUCUUUCAUCACGUCGCCGAAAAUUAAUUGCUCACGGUUUCUAUGAAAUAUUUUUUUGUAAUUGAAGUUACAUCAUUAAUUAAUAAUUAACUUUACAAAAAUCCGUUGACAUUCUGAAAGAUUAAAAAAUUCCAUAAUUUAAAUUAAUUUGGCAGCGGACUAUCAGGCGACAUUACGUUGGUAAAAAAAGUUUAACAAAAUGUCCGAACCUCAAUGUCGCCAAGUUGCUCUUUAUUCAAAAGCUUACACUAGUUCUUCACUGUGUCGGGCUCGCAGAUUUGGCAACAUCGCACUCAGUUUAACACAGCGCGCGCACUGUGCGAGUGACAAAACGCGGGAAAAUCGAGCAAGGUUCAAAUGUGGUCAUUAAUUCCUGGUACAUUAAAGUAAAGCAGAGCUACUUUAGUGUACCAGGCAUUAAUUACCACAUCUGUACUAAAGGAUUAACCAAAAACGAAUUAAUGUCAUCAAUAAAAUAUUCAAAAAACGCUUUAAUGACAAAUUAAGUCAUUAGAAGAUUAUAGCUUUAUAACAAAAAAUUUUAAAUGUUCUUAGCGGGAAGUUAAUAAUUUUCAUAAAACAGUGAAUAUUUAUUUGAAAAUAAAAUUGCAGAGAUAAAAUAAAUAAACUCUAGGACUUUCAACAAACCACAUUUUCAAUUACAUCUUUAAAUAUUCAGAAAACGCUUUAGAGAUAUAAAGAGAUAUAGAGAUAUAUAGGUUAGAAGAUAAUAGGUUUAUAACCCAUAUAAUACUUCGAAAAAUUCUUAAAAUUUUUUUUAAAAUUAAAUUGCUGAGGUAUAAUAAAUUAACUUAGCACAUUAACGACACACAUUUUCAAUUACAUCCAAAAAACGAUCAUGUAAAUUUUUUGAAUAGAAAAAAUUGAAAAAUUUGUGUUUCGACCAUUCACAAUAGCCAGUUUUUUAAAACCGGAUAUAACUUAUUAUUACUGGUAUAUCUAUGCAAAAAAACUCUACUAUACUCCAUAGACAUACUAGAAAUAUUAAUUGGUCCGGUUUGAAAACUAGCCCUGAAAGUAGCGAUGAAGAAACUGAAAAAAGUCGCGAAACAAAAAAACGAAAUAAGAAUGUCCACUACUAGCCUUCCGUAAACAUCUAAUUGAAGUAUCCUCUUAUCACAAUGUACAAUAAUCAUUGAUAAGGCUGCUAGUGUAAUAAUAGCAACUAUCGUAAGUAAUCCGCACCUUGAUUCUUGAUCCAUCAACGCCAUAACUAAACGUUGAAUUGAAACUCAUAAAAGAAACAUUAAAUAUAAAAGUAACUAUGUAUUGCAGUAAAUAAAUAAACAAUUGUUUUUGAACCAGGUAUAAAUUAUUACUGGUAUAUCUAUGCAACAAAAAUGGACUAUAAUAGAAUAGAUAUACUAGAGAUAUUUAUUGAAACCCGGUUUGAAAACUGGCAGUAAGGUAACAAUAAAAAAACAGACGAUUAUAUUAGAGCGGUCAAAAAAAUAAAAUAAAAGUAUCACAAGUGUAAACUACCGUACAGUGUCCCGAAUAUAUUUGAUAUAUUCGUGUAGGAAAUAACAAUACAAAUCAUUAAGUGCAUUAGAUCUCACACAAUUUCAACAGCGUUUUGAAAUUGCAAUAAGAAUUUAGUAAAUGUAAGUCAUAUUUUUAAGCAAAAGAUGUUAUAUAUUUUUCUCCACUAUACGAACACACAUUUUCAAUGUCAUCUAAAAAAAAAUCCUGUAAAUUUUUAGAUAGAAAAGUUGAAAAAAUUUGUGUUUCGGGCGUUCACGAUAAGGGCCAGUUUUUCAAACCGAGUUAAAAUUGUUAUUGAUGGUAUGUCUAUACAAUAAAAAGGACUGUACUAUGAUAGAUGUACCAAAAAUAUCAAUGGAAACCCGGUUUGGAAAACUGGCCCUGAAGUAACGAUAAAAAAAAAGAUUAAAAAUCUUGAGGUAGAAAAUAGAAACUUAACAUAUGGCUUAUAAUACCUUCCAUUCUAGACAAUAAAUCUCAUAAAGUCAUGCAACAAAAACAAGUCGAAUGGUGGAUCAGAAAACGCAUCAAUUAUUUUGAAAAAUGUGCCAAUAACAAAAAUCAGUACAACAGUCAGAUAAUUGAUUGAAAAUAGAUACCGAUAAUUGAAUGAAUUUUUAUUUGAAGAUUAGUGUCGGGGAGAGAUGAUUUAAUAAAAUAUUUUUCAAGUUUAUUUGAAUUAUUUUGCAUUAACACUAUGAUUGGAAGAUGAGUUUCGUAACUAUAGGAAUCUGUAUAAAGUGUAAAUAGAAACUAAAGAUAUAACUUUUUUAAAAUUUGUAGGCAAACAACACUAAUAUAUAUGUGAGCAAACACUUAUACGGUUAUAAAUUUAUAAAAAUAUUCAAUGUUUGUUACAACUUAUCGUAUUGUAAUGAAAAUAUAUAUAAAUUUACCCUUGUCUCGACCGAGAACAUCUUACAUAAUAUUGAGCUUCUAAAUGUUUAUUAACUGUUUCAAAUCAAGUGAUUAUUAUAUAGACGUCAUUGUAAUUAUUCUUUAUUAUAUUAAUACGGUGUGAUACGGAUUUAAUUAAUAUCAAAUAAGUUUAAUCAUUUUCUAAAUUUUGAACACAAGAACUGUUAGCAAAAACUGAAACGAAGAAUUUUCAACUUGCACUGAGAAAUAUAAUUCGGAACUUCAAGUAACUUUUACUUUAUUCAAGUAAAUAUACUAUUGUUUUUGACAGUUAUAUAUUUCCUUGAUAAAUUGUCCAUAAAGUAACUCAUGUGCUUGUCUCUAACGAAUUACUUUCUCAGUGUAAAUAAACAACAUGUAAUAUCUGCAAUACUUAUUUCUAAGUAUUGUUAAGUAUUGCAAAUAUGUCAUAAAAUUUAAGUUAAAAAAAAUAACGUCUAAUGGGUAAAAAAUGGACAGUUACUCAUUGACGAGACGAGACUCAUCGAACACAGGUAAGCCUCAAUCUAGCCUCACUGAGUGAAAAAAGCAUUUUGAACCUAAGAUGAUGUUCAACCAUCCUCUCGUAAUUACAUCUUUUUUUUUUGAACAUCAUUUGAGGCUCAUUGAGGCUUUUCUUUACUCAGUGAGGCACAGCUGGAUUGAGGGUUAUGUUAGUUCGGUGAGGCUAGAUUGAGGUUAGAAAUUUCGAAUGGGAAAUUUCGCUGGUUCUUUUAGAGAGAAUCUGAAAAUUAUUUGAUGAAAUGUUUUAGUCUUCAUUUCAUCAAAUAAUUUUUCAGAUCCAUUAAAAUAACCAUUUAUUUAAAAUUA